UUUUGUCAGUCAUAAACAAAACUUGUACUCAUUAGGUACAAAUUUAAAGUAAAUAUUUAAAAAAAAAAUUAAAAAAAACCAAAACUAAAAUGUCAAAAAUAGUGCUUUAUGGUGUCGACAUAAGUCCUCCAGUUAGAGCUUGUCUUUUAACAUUGAAGGCGUUGGAUGUUCCAUUUGAAUACAAAAUCGUAAAUCUUGCCAAGGGUGAACAUCUUACCGAGGAGUUUCUGAAAAAGAAUCCACAGCAUGCUGUCCCAGUCUUGGAAGACAAUGGUAGAUAUAUAUCGGACUCACAUGCCAUCUGUAGUUAUUUAGUUGAUACAUAUGGAAAGAAUGAUAAGCUUUAUCCAAAGGAUUUAUAUCAACGCGCAAUUGUAAAUCAACGUUUAUAUUUUGAUGCAAGCGUUUUAUAUUUCGCUCUACGAAAGGCGGUACUUCCUAUGUGGCUCGAAAACUCGAAUUUUGUGCCCAAAGCAACAAUAAAGAAUAUUUUGGAAUGUUAUGAUUUAACGGAAACUUUCUUAAAAAAUCAACAGUAUAUUACUGGUGAUAGCUUAACCAUUGCGGAUUUCUCAUGUUUGACAACAGUUUCUUCUUUAAAUGGCAUCGUUGAAUUGGAUAAGAAGAAGUAUCCAAAAACAUUGGAUUGGAUAGAUCGUUUAUCUAAAUUACCUUAUUAUGAGGAGGGUAAUGGAAAAGGACUCAGGGAAUAUGUUGCUAUUUUAAAAGCCGGAUUAACUGUAUUUGAAGCGUAAAAUAUUAAAAAAAUUGUAAUUGAUUUUGACAACAAGUAAGAGCUAAUAAAGAAGGACUUAGUGAAUAUGCUCAUAUUUUAAAAGUCAGAUUAGCCGAAUUCAAAAUGUAAGCUAUAUAUAUAAUUAUCUUUGAAAAUAAAUUUG